CACACACACAGGGGGAAGAGAGACAUCCUGUCUGAGACCAAAUACAUCGAGCUGGUGCUGGUGGCCGACCACCAGGAGUUUCUAAACUACCAGAAGAACAACAAGACCAUCAUCUACCGCAUGCUGGACGUGGCCAACCAGGUGGACUGGUUCUACCGUCCUCUGAACGUCCGGGUCGCUCUGACCGGUCUGGAGAUCUGGAGCGACCGCGACAAGAUCCGCGUGGAGAAGAGUCCCACCGACACCCUCAACAACUUCCUGGAGUGGAGGACCAGAGAGCUGCUGCCGCGCCUUCGCCAUGACAAUGCCCAGCUCGUCAUGGGCGGCUCUUUUGACGGCACCACGGUGGGGAUGGCGUCUCAGUCGUCCAUGUGUUCCAGAGACCGGUCGGGUGGAGUCAACGUGGAUCACCUGGUCAGUGUGCUGGGCGUGGCCUCUACUGUUGCUCAUGAGCUCGGUCACAACCUCGGGAUGAGUCACGACACCGCCGAGCGUCACUGCGCCUGUCAGAACGAGCGGCGGCUCGGAGGAUGCAUCAUGGAGCCCUCGACUGGAUUCAUGCCGGGUCAGCAGUUCAGCAGCUGCAGCGCUGCGGAUCUGUCCGUCAGCCUGCUGCAUGGCGGCGGCAUGUGUCUGUUCAAUAUCCCGCAGCCGGAGCGCCUGCUGGGAGGACCUCGCUGUGGAAACCUGUACGUGGAGAAAGGAGAGGAGUGUGACUGCGGCCUGCUGGAGGAGUGUGAGGACCCCUGCUGCAACGCCUCCACCUGUCGUCUGGUUCCUGGAGCUCAGUGUUCGUCUGACGGCAUCUGCUGCCAAGACUGCAAGCUGCGGACGGCGGGUUCGGUGUGUCGCGAGCCGCUCGGAGAGUGCGACCUUCCCGAGUUCUGCACAGGCUCCUCCCCUUACUGCCCCCCCAACGUCUUCCUGCAGAACGGGGAGCCAUGUGAGGACGACGCCUCCUACUGCUACGAAGGAGUCUGCGCCAGCAUGCACACCCAGUGCCAGAUGCUGUGGGGACCCAAUGCCACCAGCGCUCCACCUGUUUGUUUCUCAUCAGUCAACAAACAGGGAAACAAAUAUGGAAACUGUGGUCAGCUGACCAACGGCUCCUACAUCCCCUGUGGAAACGCACGUGUUUUUGGGCUGCAAAUGUCCGUCAGCCCACUUCAGCGUGGACAUGUCCCACAGCCUGCUCCAUCAUGGACAU